CCCUAUAGGAGGCCCGUAAAGCACCAGUUCAUGCUCCUCGACAGUUUUUAGAAGAGGAACGACGCUUUUAAAGAAUUAAGGAACUAUGGCGAAAAGUAUUAAAGAUCACCUGCAAGAUAUUUUUGAUGAUCUGGGGAAGGAAGAUCAGAAAAGGUUUAAAAGCAAACUGUGCGACCGGAAGACAGAGCCUCGCGUCCGGCGAGCUACAAUCGAAAAAGUUCAAGAUUCUUUAGAUCUCGCCGAUUUAAUGGUGAACACUUUCACAACGGAUGGUUCUGUUCCUGUAACAAUCGAAAUUUUGCAGGCUAUUGGCUGUAAUGAACAAGCAGUGGAGCUAAAAGAGAACACAGGACAAUUUUCUUCUGACUUUUGUGCUCCACUUGUUCCUUUACCAGGCCCAGGCGCUCCAUCUAAUGAGCACUUCAUUGACAGGAAUCGGGCAAAGCUGAUAAGCCGAGUGUAUAACGUAGAUGCCAUCCUAGAUCAACUUCUAGACAAGAAAGUCAUCACAGAGGAGGUUUACAGUAACAUCCGUGCUAAGAAAAACCCACGAAUCAAGAUGAGAGAGUUAUUAAUGGGCCCAAUGAAAUCUGCUGGCACUAAAGGGAAAGAUGCCUUAUUAGCUCUCAAGGAUAUUGAGUUUAGCUUGAGACCUGGAGCAUAAGUGAAAACGCCUGGAUAUUUUUACAUUUAAUGUUUUUUUUUAUUUAGUUUACUAGUCUAAUUAGUAUACAGGAUACAUCAUGAAAACAAGGAACUUCUUUUUCACAAUAACAGCAAACAAAUGGUUUAAACAUUUUAACCUACCAUUGUUUGAAUUUAGUUUCCUAUACUUUUUUUCUUUUGUCUUUGUCUUGUCUGUUUUUUAUCAUCAGUCAAUAAACAAGCAAAUCUAGAAACCAGAUUUUUUUUUUUUUGGCGAACCAUUUUAGUUUCUUCAGAUUGAUGGAAUUCAUAAUUAAAAUGUUUAUUUAUUCAGA